UGUGCAAGGUGAUAUACUCUUUGUGUGGGGGGAAGAAGUUAGUGUCCUCUGAAUGCAAAAGUGUUAUUUCAUAAUGAUAUCAAUCUUUAGAUUACCAUCUCUGUUAACCGUUCCCAGCGGUCAAUCGGUUUUGGGUUUAUGCAGUUUAGUGGUGACUCUAUUAUUACUGUUGGUGGUCAAGCAACUCCUCAAGCAGCGGAGACCCCGAGGAUUCCCUCCUGGACCGACACCUUUCCCCAUGAUAGGAAACAUUGUAUCCCUUGCAUCGGAACCGCACGUUUUUAUGAAGAAACAAAGUGAAGUCUACGGACAGAUAUUCAGCCUCGACCUUGGUGGCAUCUCAACCGUUGUGUUGAAUGGCUAUGAUGCCAUCAAAGAAUGUCUCUCGCAUCAGGGCGAAGUGUUCGCUGAUCGACCUUCUCUGCCUUUAUUUCAGAAAAUGACCAAAAUGGGAGGUCUCCUCAACAGCAAGUAUGGUCGAGGCUGGAUUGAACACCGCAAGUUGGCCGUCAACAGCUUCCGCUACUUCGGCAGUGGUCAGAAGACGUUUGAGAGGAAGAUCUCCGAGGAGUGCAUGUUCUUCGUGGAUGCCAUCGACAAGCAGAAGGGCAAGCCUUUAAACCCGAAACAUCUGGUGACGAAUGCUGUCUCCAACAUCACCAACCUCAUCAUCUUCGGCGAGCGCUUCACGUACGACGACAGGGACUUCCAGCACAUGAUCGAGAUCUUCAGCGAGAACGUGGAGCUGGCAGCCAGCGGCUGGGCCUUCCUCUACAACGCCUUCCCCUGGAUCGAGUAUCUGCCCUUCGGCAAGCACCAGAAGCUCUUCCAGAACGCCGCCGAAGUCUACACCUUCCUCCUGAGGAUCACAGAGCGGUUCGCACAGGGUCGAGUGCGCCAGUCUCCACGCCACUACAUCGACGCCUAUUUGGACGAGAUAGAGCAGAGCGCAAACGACAAGAGCACCUCGUACACCAAAGACAACCUGAUCUACUCGGUGGGGGAGCUCAUCAUCGCAGGCACAGAGACCACCACCAACGCCCUCCGCUGGGCCAUGCUCUACAUGGCCCUUUACCCCAGUAUUCAAGAGAGAGUUCACAAAGAGAUCGACAGUGUCCUGCCGAAUGGACGCACCCCCACCUUAGAUGACAAACAGAGGAUGCCUUUUGUGGAUGCCGUGCUCCAUGAGGUCCUUCGCUUCUGCAACAUUGUGCCCUUGGGUAUCUUCCGUGCCACAACGCAAGAUGCCCUUGUGAGUGGGUACACCAUCCCCAAAGGCACCAUGGUCAUCACAAACCUGUACUCUGUCCACUUUGACGAGAAGUACUGGGGAGAUCCAGGCGUCUUCUCACCAGAAAGGUUCCUGGAUAGCAAUGGCAACUUCAUCAGGAGGGAGGCCUUCCUCCCCUUCUCAUUAGGGCGAAGGCAGUGCCUGGGUGAGCAACUGGCCAGGAUGGAGAUGUUCCUGUUCUUCACCACCCUGCUUCAGAGGUUCCACCUGCAGUUUCCGCAGGGGUUUGUCCCCAACCUCACCCCUAAACUGGGCAUGACUCUCCAGCCGCUCCCUUACUCCAUAUGCGCGGUCCGGAGACAGCCGUAAACCUUCAGCCAUAAAUGACUUUAGUGCUUUCACCUCAGGGGAUCUUACUCGGAAAACUCCAACCUGUCUAAUGUUUUACACAGCAAGGGGGUUGACCUCGCCUCUGUCUGCCAUUGAAUUUCGCAUUCUGUGAAACUACCCUCUGAACUGUUUCAUAGAAAUAUGCCGUAGCUGUACUUGACUUGAUGAUAGCGGGGUUUUUUUGUAUCAGGCAGUUGGGCAAUGUAGCAAGUUGCAUCAAGCGCAUUGUGAUAAUAUUUGCACAUUAUCUGUGAUACAUAGCGCUUGGUGCCCCGAAACAAAUGUGAGACAGAGGAGUUAUGAUGUCAAUAAUUGACAAGCGUUUACCUUUAUGGUUUACAGACCUUAUUUUUUCCCCAGCAUUCCUCGAAAUGAGAACAUAGGGUUCUGCUUUUUUUUUUUUUUUCUACAGCCGGGCCAGCUGUCUUUUCCCAGAAAGUUUUGUACAGGCUGUAUGCCUUCUGCUGGUCUGGUGCCAUAUAUCAGAGCUGAACCAACAGCAGCAACCCCCAAAGGAUAUCUUGCUCUCUGCAUUUGUACUUGAUUAUUAAAACUGAAGGUGCUAUGGACUUUUGACUGUUAUAUAGCUUGAAUGGUACAGACUUGAUCAUUUGUUACUUUAGAAAAAGUAUUUCUGCUUAUUGGUUGUCAAACUAUGUAUUGCACAUGAUUCCAAUUUUUUUGUAAAAUAGUAUACUUUCUAUAAAUAUUUUAGCAACAGCUUUUGUGUACUUAUUGACAAAAAUGGCACAAUAAAUGAAUGGAUAU